UAUAGAGAUGGCGCUGGUGUAAAAAACGCGCUAAAAGGCGAUCCCAAACAACUGACCUAACCUCAACUAUUGUUUGAAUGUUUGAAAAGGGUCGUUUACGGUAACGAGCUUCGUCUAUAUGCUUUCUGAUUUAUAUGUUUAUGUUUUUGUAAAGGGUACAUUUCUGGCUGGCUUCACAUCAUUUUAUGCUACAAACGAAUGACCUGACACAGUUUUUAACAGCCGUUUAUGAAAGGUGAAAUUGCAUAAAAUGGCUAGAAAGAAGAACACAAUACCAAAGAAGAAUACAUCAGCAGGCGGAAGUAUGAUGAACGUUUCUUCUAAAGCAAGUCCUCGUAAACGUAGAUCUAAACAAAUAUAUACUUUAUUUAAUAGAAAGCGUGCUAUAUAUAAAGCAACAUUAAACUCAAUUAGAAAGCUUCAAAAAAGUGUUCAGCACUGUAUCCCAAGGAUGCCGUUUUGUAGGCUAAUAAGAGAAAUUCUGAUGCAAUUUUCUGAUAAUGCAACCUGUAUACAACGCACAGCAUUACAAGCCCUUCAAGAAGCUGCUGAGAUGUACCUUGUUCAGUUAUUCGAUGAUUCUAAUAAAUGUGCCCAUCAUGCUAAAAGGGUUACAGUGAUGCCGAGGGAUAUGCAGUUGGCCAUUGAUUUGAGGAUUACUGAUCCUGGAAAGCAAUAGUUCCACAUUAUCAACAUACAAAUAAUUGAGCAGUAUCUACAGUACAAAAUAAUUCUUACAAUUUAUGUAACAUAUAUCUUAGGUUAUAAGAUAAAAUUUAUUUUUAUGUGAAUUUGACUGGGUAGUAAGACUAUUGUAUGUAUGUACUAUUUAAUUAUAUCAACUGUAAAUGUUUUAUUUUUUAUAUUAUUAGGUAUUGUACAAAAAAUGAGAUAUUGAGUUCAUCCAGCCUUCAACCAGUCUGUGAAGUUGUUUGAAGUAAAAUUCAAUAUUCAGACUUGUGCAGACUCAAAAGCGUACAGACAAAUGGAAUGGAUCUGUUAUUUUUAUCAUUAAGAAAACUUUGCAGCCCAUUAAUUCCGGUUUCCAAAUUACUAUCCAUUGCAUAAAAAACAUCCCUGAAUUUGGAGUAGGAGUUAAAACCUCUCCAUUUGUAAUUGGAAAUAUAUCAUUUGAAAGUUACUUUUAUUGAAUAUUCAGUAAUGGUAUAGUUGUGAAAUAUACAUUUACAUCUCCAAAAUAGGUGAUUGAUGAUUUAAUUCAGCAGCUUGCAUUUAGAGCUUAAAAAGUGGUUUACUUGAUCCAUUAAUAAAAAGAAAAUCAUGUGAAUCGUAAAUCUAUCCAGACUUCUUGGAUUUUUUAUUCUGACGAAUUCCACUAAUCUGGUGGUUUAAUUUUAUCAAUGUCAGCUUAUGCAAUACGUUCUAAAACAAUUGUUACGUAAAGCCCAAGGUGAAACAAUGAUGAAAGUAAAAUUGAAAUGGAUAAAAAUGUGACAACUAAAUUCCAUUGGACGACUGCUAGAUUCAUUACUGGAAAAUGGAAUGUCAAGUGAGCUAACUUUGAAAUUAAUGUUAUGGUAGGAUGGCAACUGGGCUUUUGUUUUAAUCAAAAAUUGUGAAAUGAUUCAUGUUUUAAACAUUUACUGCUCCGUUUCGUGUUUUAUAAUAAAAUAAAAAUAAUCUAUUUUA